UUAUUCCUAUUUUCUUUCUUCCUUAAUUUUCUCUGCCUUACCUUUUUUACGAUACAAAAAUCCUAACCUAAAAUUAAAUUUGUACCGCUUCGGUCCGUACAAUAAUUUCUUUAUGACGUUAAUUUAUUUGUAAGUGAAAAGAAAAGUUAAUUCAAUGCAGUAAAACUUUCACUUGCUGUAAAACGUCAUAAAUAUCGCUUUCCAUGACGCUUCAGCUGUUACGCGUCAUACGUAAUUCAUUAACAUUUGGUUUGCAAAAUCGUACGUAUUUGAAUCGCCAUUGCAAUUGCAAGUCCUUACGUACUAGCGAAUACCGUUAUUUGGAGGGGCUCGAGAGGCGCGCGAGGGGAGUACGAAUCAGCGGCGCGGUUGGAGCCCGAGUUCACUCUGUCACUCGGUCAUUACGGUAUUUCUCAGUUGCGCGUCCCACAUUUGCGAUCGUGAAAGAAAAAGUGACAAUGCCAGAAAACAAACCGUUUCAGCGGCUCCCAAAACAUGUAGUGCCAAAACAUUACGAUCUGGAAUUAAUUCCAGAUCUGGACACGUUUAAAUUCAAAGGCAAGACAUCAGUGAAAGUAUCGAUCGUAAACCCAACCAAAGAGAUAGUGCUGAACUGCCUGGACCUGGAAGUGUCAAAUGUGAAGCUGCAGUAUGACGGGGCGAGCGACGCGCGGGCGCCGGCCGAGCUGCGGCUCAGCGCGGCCGAGGAGACGCUCACCAUCGUGUUCCAGGAGGCGCUGGCGGCCGGCGACGCCACGCUCUCCUGCGAGUUCACGGGCGAGAUCAACGACAAGAUGAAGGGGCUCUACCGCAGCAAGUACCUGGCGCCGGGCGGCGAGGAGCGCCACGCCGCCGUCACGCAGUUCGAGGCCACGGACGCGCGCCGCUGCUUCCCCUGCUGGGACGAGCCCGCCAUCAAGGCCACCUUCGACAUCGCCCUCGAGGUACCAGCUGACCGUGUCGCCCUCUCCAACAUGCCUGUCAAGGAGGAAAGAAUCACUGGUGACAAGAAGUUUGUGCACUUUGACACCACCCCCAUUAUGUCCACAUACUUGGUGGCGGUGGUUGUAGGAGAGUAUGAUUAUGUUGAGAAGACAUCCAGAGACGGUGUCCUAGUGCGUGUGUACACUCCUGUGGGGAAGAGCAAGCAGGGCCUGUUUGCUCUAGAAGUGGCAGCUAGAGUGCUUCCCUAUUACAAGGAGUACUUUAACAUUGCAUACCCACUGCCUAAAAUAGACUUGAUAGCUAUAGCAGAUUUUUCUGCUGGUGCCAUGGAGAACUGGGGUCUGGUCACUUACAGGGAGACCUGUUUGUUGGUGGAUGAGGAGCACACAUCAGCUGUCCGCAGACAGUGGAUAGCACUGGUGGUGGGCCACGAGCUGGCGCACCAGUGGUUUGGAAACCUUGUCACUAUGGAGUGGUGGACUCAUCUGUGGUUGAAUGAAGGCUAUGCCUCCUUUGUUGAGUUCCUCUGUGUGAAUCAUCUCUUCCCGGAGUAUGACAUUUGGACACAAUUUGUUACAGAAACUUAUAUCAGAGCUCUUGAACUGGACUGCUUAAAGAAUUCUCACCCUAUUGAAGUGCCUGUAGGUCACCCCUCUGAGAUCGACGAGAUCUUUGAUGACAUAUCUUACAACAAGGGGGCUUCAGUCAUAAGAAUGUUGCAUAGAUACAUUGGAGAUGAAGAUUUCCGAAAGGGAAUGAACAUCUAUCUAAAAAGACAUCAGUACAAAAACACAUUCACAGAAGACCUAUGGGCAGCUUUAGAAGAAGCUUCCAAAAAACCCGUAGGAGAUGUCAUGUCCACUUGGACUAAGCAGAUGGGAUUCCCCGUUGUACAGGUGACGUCAGAGCAGAAGGGAUCUGACCGCGUGCUGACGCUGACUCAAGAGAAGUUCUGCGCCGACGGCAGCGGCGGCGGCGACACGCUGUGGAUGAUCCCCAUCACAAUCUCCACGCAGGAGCAGCCCUCGAAGGUAGCGCUGUCCAUGGUACUGGAGAAGAAGACACAGAGCGUGGUGCUAGAGAACAUAUCGGAAACGUCAUGGGUGAAACUGAACCCUGGAACUGUGGGCUACUACCGCACGCGCUACCCGGCGGCGAUGCUGGCGCAGCUGGUGCCGGCGGUGCGCGACGGCUCGCUGCCGCCGCUGGACCGGCUCGGCCUGCUCGACGACUGCUUCGCGCUGGUGCAGGCGGGCCACACGCACACUGCUGAGUCCCUGAAACUGAUCGAGGCGUUCAGCAACGAAACCAACUUCACCGUCUGGUCUUCCAUCUCCAACUGCUUGGGCAAGUUGAGCGGUUUAUUCUCUCACACGGCUCUUGACAAGCCUCUGAAGAAUUAUGGAAGGAAACUGUUCGCCAACAUCACUGAGCGACUCGGCUGGGACGCGCAGGAGAAGGAGAGCCAUCUGGAUACGCUGUUGAGGAGCCUCGUGCUGAACAAGAUGAUCAGCUUUGAGGACCCCGAGACGAUAAGGGAGGCUAAAGCGCGCUUCGAGAAGCACCUAAGCGGCGAGUGCCCACUCGCAGCCGAUCUUCGCUCGGCGGUGUACCGAGCGGUACUAGGAGACGCGGACGCGGCCACGUUCCAGCGCUUCCUGCAGCUGUACCGCGCCGCCGACCUGCACGAGGAGAAGGACCGCGUGAGCCGCGCGCUCGGCGCUGUUAAAGACCCCGCGCUGUUGACUAAAGUGCUCGAGUUCGCUAUUUCUGACGAGGUGCGGUCGCAGGACACGGUGUUCGUGAUCGUGUCGGUGGCGCUGAGCCGCGACGGCCGCGACCUCGCCUGGCGGUUCUUCAAGGAGCACUGGCAGGAGUUCAUGGACCGCUACCAGGGCGGUUUCCUCCUCGCCCGCCUUGUGAAGUCGACCACCGAGAACUUCGCCUCCGAAGCCGCAGCCCAAGAGAUCGAGCAGUUCUUCGCGGCGCACCACUCGCCGGGCACGGAGCGCUCCGUGCAGCAGGCGCUGGAGACCGUGCGCCUCAACGCGGCCUGGCUGCGCCGCGACCUCGCCUCCACCACGGCCUAUCUACAGGCCUACCACUGAGCCACACGAUGCACGGACCAUUUGCAAGACUGAAACGACAACGAAUUCCACAAUUUCGUUUCAUUCGAAGAUGAUAGCCAUUAUAAUUCUAGCUAGCUUUAUUUAUUUUCUGUGCAUUGCUAUCAAGACCAAAAUACCUUCACUUAUUUAAUCGGCCAAUCCAUUUACUUUUCAAUUUAUAAACCAAGCAUAGUGCCAUGGGUUUUGAAGUAGUUAUUAACAAAGGUGACCUGAACUUUUUUUGCAUUUCUUAUUUGCUUUUAAUAAAUGUUGAUUAUAGUUUUUUCUUAAUGAAAUACGAGUUUAUUCGGAUACAUAUUAGAGCAUACUAUCUAAACUCCAUUAGUACCCAAAGACGGAGUUAAUAUAAUUUACAGAAAUGGCUAUUUAAUGUUAUUUACCUGCGCGUUUAUCAGCAAUGUUGUAUUUAUAUUAUGUUACUUUAAAGAUAUACAAUUGUACGUAUCUGUAAAAUAUUCUGCCAUUUAUUUACCUACUGAAGAAGCUAAAGUUUACUGGCCUAUUACGUGUAAAUGUGUACAAAAUACUUAUAAUUUAAUUUAUGUUUCAUAAAUGUUACGAUUUGUAACUUUGGUGCUGAAUGCAUUUUUUAUUUCGUUUCAUUUUGUUUUUUUAUCAGAUAACCUGGCUACAUUUACCCUAGUUCUGAAAGUUCAAAGAUAGUAAAAUCUCCCAUUUUGCCCUGCAAAAUCCCAUAAGUUGUUACCAUAUCGCUUUUUAACUAUUGAGAUAAACAUAUUCUUUUUUAAAAUAUAAUGCAAAGUGGACUCGAUUCGGAAUUAAGAGAAGUUGGCGUCUGUGAGUUGUUGUAAUGUUCGAAGUAUAAAAUUGAAGUUACCAUCACCUAGUGUCUACUUGUUGUCUACCACUCACUUGUUUUGUAAGACUGUGUUAUCGCAAUAAAAUCAUAAAAAUGCUA